UGUUGAGGUCCGCAAUUUAGAACGUUCACACCUGUUGAAGUUAUUCAAAUUCCACCUAUGCCAAUACGCUUGAUUAUUUCGCCAGUUAAUAAGAUUUUUGAAUCAGAAUAUUCGAAUCAUGAGCAUCGAAGAUUUAUAUUUUCUUUUUUUUUGGAAUAUCAGAACAAUAGUCCGCCGUGUGGUCUAAUUCGCAAUCGAGUUCGUAAACAAACUCCAUCAGUCGUAAGCUUGCUCCAGGUUAUCGCUUUACCUAUUAUCGACUUCGUUUGUGAUUAGAUUGUAAUUUGGUGGACUAAAUAGAUACCAUGGCGUGUUUUGGGGAUGAAGACAUUUUUGAUAUUUUGGAAACUAAUGAUCAAGCACUGCCUGAAGCUGACGUUACUGAAGAGGCCGAUAUUAUCAAAGCUGCUGCUGAGUUGAAAGAGCUCUUGAAGAGAACUUCAAGUGAUGUCAAUCAGAAAGAUUCUGUUGUACCGAGAAAGAAAGUGAAGAAGACCCUGAGGAAUGCAGAAUUAAGGUUAACAGAGGAGCUGCCACAGAUCAAAGUUCACACCAUUGAGACAGUUGAUGCCUGCACACACGAAGUUGCCAUUCCUCCCCAUGAGAACUACACGCCUCUCGAGGCCCCCAAACAUGAACCAGCCAAAACCUACCCAUUUGUGUUGGAUCCCUUCCAGAAAGAGGCCAUCUUGUGCAUUGACAACAACCAGUCAGUGCUUGUAUCAGCUCACACUUCUGCAGGCAAAACUGUUGUGGCGGAAUACUCGAUUGCUAUGUGCCUGGCAAACAAACAAAGAGUUAUUUACACAACUCCCAUCAAGGCUCUGAGCAAUCAGAAAUUCAGGGACUUCAGUGAAGAGUUUACUGACGUGGGGCUCAUGACAGGGGACGUGACCAUCAACCCUAAUGCCUCAUGUCUCAUCAUGACCACUGAAAUUUUGCGUUCCAUGCUCUACAGAGGCUCGGAAGUCACCAGAGAAGUUGGCUGGGUUAUAUUUGAUGAAAUUCAUUACAUGAGAGACAAGGAACGAGGAUAUGUUUGGGAGGAAACCAUCAUUCUUCUAAGUCCCACCGUUCACUUUGUUUUCUUGUCUGCAACCAUUCCAAAUGCCAGCCAGUUUGCGCAGUGGAUAGUAUACUUGCACCAUCAGCCAUGUCACGUGGUGUAUACAGACUACCGACCAACACCACUGCAACACUACAUUUACCCUGCUGGGGGUGAGGGAAUGUAUCUCGUUGUUGACGAGAAAGGUGUCUUCAGAGAAGACAAUUUCAACACCGCCAUGUCUAUCUUGCAGUCCGCCCCAGAACAGCAAAACCAAGCGUUCGGCAGCGUGAGUGGAGGAGGCAGCAGCAGUUCCAUGCAGAAGAAGAAGCCCACGAGUGGCAACAGUGAAUGUCUGAAGCUCGUCAAGACGGUCAUGGAGAGGAACAUGGCUCCUGUAAUAAUUUUCAGCUUCUCUAAGAAAGAGUGUGAAGCAUUUGCUCUGCAGAUAUCCAAGCUGGACUUCAACUUGCCUCAAGAGAAGCAGCUUGUAGACGAGGUGUUCACCAACGCCACAGCGGUGUUGUCUGACGAGGACAAGCAGCUGCCGCAGGUCGUGUCCGUCCUGCCCUUGCUCAGGCGUGGCAUUGGAAUCCAUCACGGCGGCCUCCUGCCCAUCAUCAAGGAGACGGUGGAGAUCCUCUUCGGUGAAGGUCUGAUCAAGGCGCUGUUCGCGACCGAGACGUUCGCCAUGGGCCUCAACAUGCCGGCCAGGACGGUGCUAUUCACCAGCACCAGGAAGUUUGAUGGCCAAGACUUCAGAUGGCUGACGUCAGGCGAGUACAUCCAGAUGUCAGGACGAGCUGGACGACGUGGCAAGGAUGACAAGGGCAUCGUCAUCAUGAUGGUUGAUGAGAAACUCGACUCUGCUAUCGCGAAGAAUCUCGUACAGGGUAAAGCUGAUCCCAUGAACUCGGCCUUCCACCUCACCUACAACAUGGUUUUGAACUUGCUGAGAGUGGAGCAAAUCAACCCUGAGUACAUCUUGGAACGAUCUUUCUUCCAGUUCCAAAACUUCCUGAAUAUUCCAUCGAUAUGUGAAAAGGUCGAGAAAGCGGAGAAAGCCAACGAGGACAUUGAGGUGCCAGACCACGAGCUUGUCGAAGGUUACUAUAAAAUGAAGCAAAAUAUUGAUAACCUGCUGUUGGAGCGCCACACCUUCAUCACCAGACCUGCUCAUAUCCUGCCCUUCCUGCAACCAGGCAGGCUUGUCAAAAUCAAGAACGGGGCUGACGAUUUUGGCUGGGCUGUUGUUCUGAAGUACGACAAGAAGGACAACAAGAAAGACCCAACUGCUGCCCCAACUAUCACCGUUGACGUUAUUAUGACCGUAUCUAAAGUAACGGCCGAUAAAAAGAUAACGUCUCUGCUGGCCCCGGCAUUGGCAGGAGAGCGCAGCGUUGCUGUUGUGGUGCCCGUGUUGCUGCGCCUCGUGCAGGAGCUCAGCGCCGUCAGGCUUAAGCUGCCUGCCGACCUCAGCUCCCCUGACCACCGCACUGUCGUCAUGAAGAUGGCUCAGGAAGCAAUCAAACGAGUGCCGGAGGAUCAAUUCUUACUCGACCCAGUCACCAACAUGAAGAUCAAAGACGAAACGUUCAUGACCAUCGUCAGUAAACUCAAGAAAUUGCAGAAGCGGCUGGCCGAACACGCCCUCAAUGUUGACCCUCGCAAAGAUAAACUUUUGGCGCUGUUUGAGCAGAAAAUGCAGGCGCAAGCAAAUCUGAAAGUGGCGGAGGCUGAACUACGCGCGGCCAAGAGCGUCCUGCAGCUGGAGGAGCUCAAGUGCCGUAAGCGCGUCCUGCGCCGCCUCGGCUACGCCACCGCCCAGGACGUCAUCGAGAAGAAGGGACGAGUCGCUUGUGAACUUUCUGCUGCCGACGAGCUGCUCAUCACUGAAAUGCUCUUCAACGGCCUUUUCAAUGACCUCACUGCUGCUCAGACUUGUUCCCUGCUGAGCACCUUCGUGUGCGACGAGAAGAGCAGCGAAAUGCCUAAACUCGGCGACGAGCUCUCGGGACCUCUGCGCCAGAUGCAGGAAAUGGCACGUCGCAUUGCCAAAGUUGUGCAAGAAUGCAAGCUCGACAUUGUUGAAGAAGAAUACGUUGAAAAAUUCAAACCUUUCCUCAUGGACGUUGUUUAUGACUGGUGCAACGGGUCGUCUUUCUUAGAAAUUUGCAAGAAAACCGAUAUUUUUGAAGGAAGUAUCAUAAGAGCAAUGCGUCGCUUGGAGGAACUGCUGCGUCAGAUGAUCCAGGCAGCUAAGGCCAUUGGUAUCGACCUCGAGAACAAAUUUGCCGAGGGAGUUAAGCUUCUCAAGAGAGACAUCGUCUUUGCCGCCAGUCUGUAUCUUUAAUGCUCGAGUUGCGGGUUUCAUAAACUCACAUUUUUCAAUUAAUCGGCAACUUGUUUGAGAAUUAACACUACAAAAUUAUUAAUCGAACUUUUGGUCUGUAAUAUAACAGGGUAAUAAAAGUUUACCUUUAUCAAAA